AGCCCCUCUAAACGGUGCUGCUGGUCUGGUGUGGGUGGCAUGCGGCGCAGAGAUAGCAGCAGCCCUCUCUGUCAUCCCCACGUGCCCAAUCCCUUCUUUCCGCUUGCUCCUCCCCCCCCUCUCUAUCCCACCCCUCUCCCUCCUCUUCCAGAGCCCCUCUAAACGGUGCUGCUGGUCUGGUGUGGGUGGCAUGCGGCGCAGAGAUAGCAGCAGCCCUCUCUGUCAUCCCCACGCGCCCAAUCCCUUCUUUCCGCUUGCUCCUCCCCCCCCCUCUCUAUCCCACCCCUCUCCCUCCUCUUCCAGAGCCCCUCUAAACGGUGCUGCUGGUCUGGUAGCCCCUCUAAACGGUGCUGCUGGUCUGGUGUGGAUGGCAUGCGGCGCAGAGAUAGCAGCAGCCCUCUCUGUCAUCCCCACAUGCCCAAUCCCUUCUUUCCGCUUGCUCCUCCCCCCCCUCUCUAUCCCACCCCUCUCCCUCCUCUUCCAGAGCCCCUCUAAACGAGCCCCUCUAAACGGUGCUGCUGGUCUGGUGUGGGUGGCAUGCGGCGCAGAGAUAGCAGCAGCCCUCUCUGUCAUCCCCACGUGCCCAAUCCCUUCUUUCCGCUUGCUCCUCCCCCCCCCUUCUCUAUCCCACCCUUCUCCCUCCUCUUCCAGAGCCCCUCUAAACGGUGCUUCUGGUCGCGUGUGUGGCAUGCGGCGCAGCGUGUAG